UCACCGGCGACCAUUUUGCAGUAGGUGUUGACUCGCAGUAACCGCCGUAGCUCUGGAUCCGUUUUUCGGUUAUGGCCUAAAUAUCAGUUAGUUUCGCGUUUGAAACGGGUCCAUCCAGCAGUUUACACUGUUCUCCGUGUUGCAGUGUUGUGUUAUUUCGGCGAAGGUGAAAAACUCCGUCUCCCGCUGUAGAAGCCGGAGCUGCGGAGCUUCUCUUGUCUGAGGAAAGCUAACUGGCUAAUUAGCUUAGCUUAGCUUAGCUUAGCUCAGCUCGGCCGCCUCGGUUUCAGAGCGGCCUGAAAACUCUGGCACCAAAAUGGCGACGAACGCGGCGCAGCAGGCCCCGACACCGAGCUGGGCUUAUGGAGGCAGUUCUGCAUCUGAGGCUCCUGUGCAUGAAAACCCAGAGUGGGAGAAGGCCCGACAGGCCCUGGCCUCUAUCAGCAAAAGCCAGAACUCCACCAAGACGUCACCAGCCAACCGCACCACCUCACAGGCUGGGCAGUACCAGACAGCAGUGACUGACUCUUCUGCAAUGCAGCAGCAGCAGCAGCAACAACAACAACAACAGUACUAUCCAUGGUACCCACAGAACCAGCAACAGUACCCAGGAUACGCGUACCCUUACUACAACUACUACCCUAUGCCUCCGUAUGGAGGCGGGUAUCCCCCGGCUCAGUAUGGUGUUCCAGGACCUUACAUACCACCGACAACCCCUACUGGACAGCCUCCGGCCAUGCCCAUGAUGGAGGAGCAGUCCUCCAGUUACUCGUCUGAACCCCAGCCACCGCCACCCGCUGUACCCCAGCCCCCCCCACAGAGCCCCACCUCAUCUGACCAGCCCCCUCCCCCACCACCCCCGCCCAUACCACCCCCACCCAAUGCCCAGUACCCCCCACCCCCCUCCCAAACCCCCUACAAUCCAAACGGUGCCCUACCCUACAGCCCCACUGACUCCAACCCCAUGAGGGGCUAUAAUCAUGGGCAGCCUAGGCCAAGUUACCAGGGUUACCAGCCUCCGGGUUACCCGCCUCCACCGCAGCUGGGUCCAGGGCAGGGCCCCUAUGGAGGAGCUGGCAGAGGAGACGGCAAUAAGAAACCCAACAAUACAAAUAUGAACAAGGGUGGUCAGCAGCUGUGGAACCGUAUGAAACAGGCUCCUGGAACUGGUGGUGUGAAGUUUAACAUCCAGAAACGCCCAUAUGUGAUGGCCAAUCAGAACUUUCCCCCUGGCGAACAGCCGCCUGGCUUGGCUACUUCCACGGCAGCCACCACCGGGACCUCAGCAUCUUCAGCAGCAACAACUUCCACUGCAGGAGCUGCUCAGGCAGGCCCUCAGGACUGGCCUCAGGCCAUGAAGGAAUAUGUGCAGCGUUGCUUUGCGGCCUGCGAGACAGAAGAGGACAAAGACCGCACAGAGAAGGUGUUGAAAGACAUUCUGCAGAGUAGGCUGCAAGAUGGCUCUGCCUUCACUAUUGACUGGACACGAGAACCACUACCAGACGUGAAGCCCAGACAGUCUCGCUGGGAGGCCAUUCCUCAGCGCUCGCAGGAGAACGCCAGUGGUCGAGGUGGAGCCACCCGAGGCAGGGGCGGGGCCAGACUGGGUAACUAUAGAAAUGUGUUUUCUCAGAGAAGCCCUUCCUCAAGCUCUUCCCGUUCCUCGUCACGAUCGCCUUCCCCUCACAGCCGUCACAGAGACAGGAGUAGACACCGCCGCAGCGACUCUGGCUCCCAGUCAGAUAGCAGCAUGUCCAGCGACCUCUGGCCUGUCUCUCGUCGGCAACAGCGGGCCGGACGAGGCCGAGGGGAAGAAAGAGAUCGAGGGAGGGGAGGAGGAGAGAGAGGCAGAGGAAGAGGAGGAAAAGGAAACCGAGGGCGCAGGAACAUGGAUGACCCUGGUAGUGGCAUUGGUAAGAAACGAAAGGGAGGCAACGCAGGCUUGGAUUUCCACGACCCGAACCGCGAGGCGAAGAAGCAAAGCCGAGCUGCGCGUUUCCACACCAAACGCACUGAGCCUCUGGUACUGAACAUCAACGCCUUCGACCUUCCAAAUGGCACCCAAGAGGGGCUCAGCUGGGAGGACUGCCCCAUUGUGGGAACCUGCCAGGAGAUCACCAAAAACUACCUGCGCCUCACCUGCGCUCCAGACCCUUCCACAGUCAGACCUGUUCCUGUAUUGAAAAAGGCUCUGACUGCAGUGAAGGCUCACUGGAAGACUAAUCAGGAUUACCAGUACGCCUGUGAACAGAUGAAAUCAAUACGACAGGACCUCACUGUGCAAGGUGUGCGAACGGACUUCACGGUGGAGGUCUACGAGACGCAUGCGCGUAUUGCACUGGAGAAGGGAGACCACGAGGAGUUCAACCAGUGCCAGACGCAGCUGAAGGCACUUUAUAAGGACUGCCCGUCGAGCAACGUGGGAGAAUUCACCGCCUACAGACUACUGUACUACAUCUUCACUAAAAACUCUGGAGACUUGACCACCGAGUUGGUGUACCUCACCCCCGAACUCCGCGAGGAUGAGUGCGUGUCUCAUGCUCUCGCGCUCCGUGCUGCCUGGGCGCUUGGAAACUUCCACCGCUUCUUCCAGCUGUACAAAAGAGCGCCACGCAUGGCUGCUUACCUCAUUGACAAGUUUGUGGAGCGUGAGAGGAAGUUAGCGCUGGGGGCCAUUUUCAAAACGUUCAGGCCCUCUGUGCCGGUGGAGUAUGUGCAGUCCAGCCUGGCCUUUCCUUGUUUAGAUACAUGUUUGGCCUUUCUGACUGGGCUUGGGGUUACGUUUACCCCCUCAGACCCCAGCAAGAUAGACUGCAAAGCCAGCUCAGCUUGUCUGACCACUUCAUAGAAGGGACAGGGAAGGGGAGGAUAAUUUGAUAGGCGAGACAUAAGGGACCAUAUAUCUGCUCAGCACAGCCAUCCAAACUCAGUUUAGAGGGAGAUGAUAUUGUAUAGCAAUGACUAGAUUUAUAUUUAUAUUCUUAUAACUCUUAUAGAGCGUGACUUGCACACAGAAAUGGACUGUAAACACACAGUAACUUAGUUGCCAGUGCCACAGUAUGAUUUUCGCUGAGUUACACACACUUGGAACCUCAGAAUUUUUAAACAUUAGGAGAGAACUUGCCCACACACAGUAGAAGCGCCUUCAUUGGCUCAGUAGGUGUAGACCAUCUUCAGCUGUCAGAGGAUUUUAGGACAGGUUGAAGGGAAGUUUCUGGGUGUCCCGUUUCCUAGCCUUCAAAAAUCAUUUUGAAGCUAACAGUGUUCUGUGUUCUCAUGUUUUUUUCUCCCCUCAAGCUAACAGCCUCAGAGAAGCUCAUGUGAAGAGAAAAGCCCUCAAAACCAAAGAUGUCAAGAAAAAAAAAGCCUCUGAUGAAGUUUUCUUCAUCUUCCAAGCAUCCUGAUCGUCUAGUCAAGACAAAGACGCCUGCUGGAAGUUUUCUGCUCCAUACAAAGUAGUCUCCUUCGAUGAACUUUUGCUUUGCUUUUCAUCACAGAGCUGAGCCCGGUGUGAAGAGGAUGGUUUGUAUGCCUGUUGUCUGCAUUGUACGAAUAUCGGAGAAGCUUCGGAAAAGUUGGUAUCUUCAGAGUCUAAAGGUAUGGACUUAGAAAGAUGGCGUCUGCAGGAUGUUAGCCUACUCUGGCCAAGCGUUAGUGCUUCAAAGCCUCAUCAGCAAAGCCCUCUACCUUUCCACGUCGCCCCCAAACCCCUCAGUUUACCCCCCCACGUCAACACAUGCACACACCAGAAUCUGGCCUUCACCGAAUCCACUAAAUUCAACACCCAGAGAAGCAUAGCUCAGUGAAUCGGCUGCAACCAAGCGAAAGACUUGAGUCGUGCGGAUAUAGAGCUAUCUCCAGUGCAGUUCUGCAGCCUGUUCCAGUCUUAGGGCCACUUAGGAAGACCAACAUCAGCUAUACCUUGAAGAUUAAGGUCCCCUUCAACAUCAUCAUGCAGAUAUUACGGAGUUACCCAACAUCAUGGAUGACGGCGCUUCAGUCAACCAAAACAAGGCAGCCUCAGAAUGUGGCAAGUGCAGUUCCAGCGCGUUCCACCAGAUGGCGGCGACAGCAUCAUUGUCUCAUCUCGUCUCUGUGGUGGGCUGCUGCUUCUGUCCGAUCAGGAGCUGGCAGUGUGUAUGGGUUUGUAUUCUUGUGUGAUCUUGCCUCAUCAGCGUCCACCGUGACCCUGGGCACGUAUGUAUGGCUGGUAAGAAAUAAAGAGACUCCGCUGUUUGGAAGGAGCAAGAUUGAACAGCAGGAGAUGUUCUACUGGGUUUUUAUUGGCAUUUGAUUGGAUGCCAUGCAGAAUAAAGUCAAGUAUAUUGUCUAAUAUGAUCUGAGAGAUGGUGACUCUGUCGAGAAAUGUUUUGCUUAGCAGCAGACACUAAAUUCAGUUGCCAAAAAUGAGUGUCUACCAAAGAACAAAUUGUCCGUAAAUUGAAAAAAUGAUUGUAAUGGGUCUAGAAAGCUUGAGUACAACUCGUGAAUUUGAGCUAGGCUUGUUCCCCACCAUUGUUUAACCUGAAAGAGUUCCAGGUGAAGAUCCUUUUAAAGACACUUAAGUUCCUGUGUUUUGCAGUAUUGGUCUCAGGGUCAGCAGAAUACAGACUUAUACACAAGAUACCCUUAAUUUUUCUAGUUUUGCAAUUGAAACAGUAUUGGCAGAGCUUGAUGCAAAGUAUUGAGGCGUAGCACGAACGCUUGUGGUCAGAAACUAAGCAGAGAUGGUUCCCAUUCUUGUAUCCCCAACUCCUCUUCAGGUGAAGCAUUGACUUCUGUGGUAAUGUAAAUACUGUACAGAUUAGAUGAGCAAAUUUCCCUGUUUACAAUGGUAAGUGUGAUUCUGAUCUGAUGCAGGCAGUUUUUUAAAUGGACUCUAACUUUGGGCACUUGGUGCAUAUUUUUUGAUGUGAAUAUGUAAAAGUUGUACAUUUGAAAAGCUACUAAAUAUGUCCAUGAAUUUCCUGUUCCUGUGCUUAGUGAUAAGAGUAAUGCAAAAGGCUUGAUAAUUGUUUUUUUUAACCCCCUCCAAGUUUGUAUUGUAUAACACCAAAUCUUUUUCUUGUGUGCUUUAGGAAUUCAGAUCAUACCCCCAUUCUUUUUUUCAUCAGCAUUUUUCUCUUCAUUUUAUUUUAUUGCUUUUUGAUUUGUUUGUUUACUUUCACAUCUUCAGCUUCCCUAAAAAACACCAUCGAUUUAACUUGUCACUUCAGGAGCAACUAAAACCUUUAGACAAGAGAAAGAUUUGGUUUAAGUACUGUUUCCACACUCGUUAAGACCCUUUUUUGGAUAGACGCUUAACUCAUUUCUCUCAAAUCGGUGCAGUGAUGAUGGUAUUUUUUGAAAUAGUGGCUUUUCUUUAUUUGGCUUUAAUAGCAUUAUUAGCAGUUUGGUCAUAUUAACUGGUGUGUUUUGUUUCAGUACUUACUCUUAAAAGUAGAGUUGCCAAAAGGAUUCUUUGCAUCGUUCCAUAGAGUAAUGCUUUUAUGCUUCCCAUUAAAAAAGGUUUUUUUUUUUUAUGGGAAGCAUAAAGUACUGUUCUGCUUCAGAACAGUACUUGUCCUCAUUAGAUGAUCCAUAUUUUUGCUCCAACCCAGCUUGCAGCACAUAAGGAUUGAGCAAGAAACCUAGGGCUAGUUUCAGAACCGCUGCUUUAGCGAACCAUUUCUGGAAGUAAGAUGCUUGAUUUGGAAGAACCUUUUUAAACUUUAAAGAACCUCCACAUAAUUUGAAGUUUCAAGGUAGAACUUGGUAGAAAUUGGUGUAGAACCUUUACGUUAUGUCAAGGUAUUUGGAAACCCUCUAAACAAUGGUUAUCAAACUGGUUUUCAGGGACCCUCAGAUCGUCCAAAUCUUUUGCUCUGUACGGACUUGGAAUUGAGUGAAAUGUGGGCCCCAAGGACCAGUUUGAGAACUGUUACUUUAUAAGGUUCCUCUGACUCACAAAUAUCUUUUAAGCAUGGUUCUUUAGGGCAGUGGUUCUCAAAUUGGUCCUCGGGUCCCCCCAGAUAGUCUACAUUUUUUCAACCCCAGCUCACAACACGUAGAGAGAGAAGAAAAAUUUGGAUGCUCUUGGAGGACCCGAGGACCAGCUUGAGAACCAUUACUUUAAAAGGUUCUUCACACUCAAAUCUCGUCCAGUCGUGGUUCUGAAGCUGGUCCUCAGAGACCCCCCCCAGAUGGUCCACAUUUUUGCUCUAUAUGGAGUUGAGACUGAGUGAAAUGUGGGCCUCAAGGACCAGUUUGAGAACUGUUACUUUAUAAGGUUCCUCUGGCUCACAAAUAUCUUUUAAGCAUGGUUCUUUAGGGCAGUGGUUCUCAGAUUGGUCCUCGGGUCUCCCCAGAUGGACAUUUUUUCAACCCCAGCUCACAACACGUAGAGAGAGAAGAAAAAUUUGGAUGCUCUUGGAGGACCCGAGGACCAGCUUGAGAACCAUUGCUUUAAAAGGUUUCUCAAACUCACAUCUUCCCAUCAUGGUUCUUUAGGGCAGUGGUUCUCAAACUGGUCCUCAGAGACCCCCCCAGAUGGUUCACAUUUUUGCUCCAGCCCAGUUUUGGACUGUCUUGGGGGACCUGAGGACUGGUUUGAGAACCACUGCUUUAGGAAACCUAGUACUUCUAUGGUGAAGCUCAAAGAACCCUUCGUGGCAGCUUUAGCUUUAAGAGUGUAGAUGGUCUCCAUCUGCCUGCAAACCUGUUUUGUAGCAUUUAACAAGAAAUUUUGGUUUGGUUUCAUGCUUUGUUCCCUGUUCUGAGUUUAACUUGCUUGUUUGUUCUUUAUAAUAUUUCAGAUUCUGAUUUGACCACUUUUUUCGUUUUUUUUUGUUGUUUGUUUGUUUUUUUUUGAUGGUCUCCUGUGAAUGAGCCAGUUUGUUAUUGAGAAUUCUGAAGAAUGUUGUGACCCCUUUCUUCUUUAUCUUAAAUCUCUUUCACCUUCUGUAUCUCAUUACCAGAUUUCUCUUUUUGUCCUUGCAGUCAUGCAUAAUUGGAGCUAAGCGAGGGAUGAAAAAGAUGAAAACAUGAGAGGAAACUCGCAUCCAGAGCUGAGCUGGACGCUGGGAAGUGGGCACUGUGAGCCGCCACAAGCAUAAAUAAUGAAAUGCUUUCUUACUCCAGUAUUGCGAUGAUUGUUUCAGAUUAAUCGAAGCCUUAAACAGAGUUUUGUGUUAUUUUUUUUUAAACAUACUGUAAUUAUGCUUCAGAUAAGGUUGAGAUUCUUCAGUGUGAAAUGUAAACAUGAAUGUUGAUGUUAAGGUUUCUGGACAGAUUGGUAUGUUUAGAUGUGUGGUUCCCUCUUGUCCUCACGACUGUGUAAUGCUCGACUGGACAUUGGUCGUGCGAGCAUUAUAGAGUCUAUAGCUUUUCUCUCUCUCUGCAGCUCGUUUAGGGCACGAGACACAUCUGAACAUACCAAUAUCCUAAAUUAUUCCAGCUUUUACUGAUUUCCAGAUGAAUGUAAUAUUUCCUUGGUUUAAAUUGCUCCCAUUAACAGUUGCCCUCCUCCCUAAUCGAAUUGUUUUUUUUUCCUCCCUUGAGAAUGUAUGUUUAAUAUUUCCAGUCAUAUUUGCCAGUAACUGAUUGUACAGCUCGUUUUGAGUACUUCUAAUUGCCCCCCAUCCCUCUCUGUAAAUGUGGCUUGUGCUGUUUUUCCUCUCCUGCUUUUUCUGACCGCUUUCUCUUCGUUUCUUUAGUACCAGUUUUUUAGUUCUUUAAUUGGACCCCUUUUCCUCUCACUCCUUCACUCGUCAUUGGUUGAGUUUCCUGGUCUAGUUUUCAUUCUUUGUCUCUUCUUUUCUAUACUUUUUCUUUCCCUCUUUCUGUCCUCCCUUCCUCAUCCUUCCUUCCAUCCUCUCUCUCACUUCCUUCCCUCUCCUCCUUCUCUGUGUUUUAUAUGAUGAAUAUGUACUGGUUGUGAUGGCUGUGUUUGUGGUCUGUGCCGGGUCGUAAGUAUUCCCACAGCAGCGGCUUUGCCCCUCCGGCUUCUCUUCUAGCUCUAAACUCCUUAACAUCCUAAUGUCGGCCCUGAGCUUCAGCUCACAUCAGGAUCUGUGAUCUGACUUUUGUAUAUUCAUAACUGUACAUACUGAACCUUCUCUCGAGAAUAUAAUAAAUAGGAAUGAAUAAGU